UGGCAACAUGGGGGGAAAUAAAGAACCCAGAAGUGCCAAUCACUCGCCAAAUUAAAUGAUUACUUAUCCCGCUUUCUGAAACGGAGCAUUGCCGUCUGAGGAUUCCACCUUUGACCUUUAGGGAGUUUCUCUGGCAGGUCUGCUGCUUCCAGCACAACCACAAUAAUAAUAAUCAUAAAGAAAUGGCUAAAAUGGACCCAAAACAAAUCUCCCAUGUGAAAACCAAACCAAACCCUGGGGACGGACCUUUCUGCAUUGAGCCAAAAACUCAUGUGAGGGACCAAUGGGCCACAAAGAUGGAGUUCAUCCUGGCGGUGGCUGGACAUAUUGUGGGUCUUGGAAAUGUUUGGAGAUUUCCCUACCUUUGCUACAAAAAUGGAGGAGGGGUUUUCUUCAUUCCUUAUAUUUUAUUUUUAUUCACCUGUGGCAUUCCACUCUUCUUCCUUGAGACAUCUUUGGGCCAAUUCACCAGCCAGGGUGGAAUAACAUGUUGGAGGAAUAUGUGCCCUCUUUUUGAAGGCCUGGGUUAUGGAAGCCAAGUUGUUGUUUUGUACACUGGAGUGUAUUACAUUGUCAUUCUGGCAUGGGCGUUUCUCUACCUGUUUUCAUCCUUCAGAACGGAGCUUCCAUGGGUGAGCUGCAAUAACAGCUGGAACACAGUCGCUUGUUUUGAACAUGGUCACAAUGACACAUCCUUUUUCCACCUGUACGCCAACACGACAUCUUCAGUUGUUCAGUUUUGGGAGAGGAGAAUACUGGGGCUGUCCAGUGGAAUUGAUAACAUCGGAAGUGUUCGUUGGGAUCUGGCUCUUUGUCUGCUUCUUGCUUGGGUGUUGUGUUAUUUCUGCAUCCGGAAUGGAAUUAAAUCCACAGGAAAGGUGGUGUAUUUCACGGCUACAUUUCCAUACGUGAUGCUGGCAGUGCUGCUUGUCCGUGGCCUGACAUUACCAGGAGCAAAAGACGGGAUUCUUUUCUACCUCUCCCCUGACCCAUCCCGCCUCGCUGACCCAGAGGUAUGGAUGGAUGCAGGCAGCCAAAUUUUCUACUCCUAUGGAGUUUGCACAGGUGUUCUGACAUCUUUGGGAAGUUACAACAAAUACAACAACAACUGUUACAGGGAUUGCAUUUACCUAUGCCUGAUGAAUAGUUUAACCAGCUUUGUAGCUGGCUUUGCUAUUUUUUCUGUGCUCGGUUUUAUGGCAAAAGAGCAGAAUGUGGAAAUUUCCAUGGUCGCUGAAUCAGGCCCAGGCUUGGCAUUCAUUGCUUAUCCUCGCGCUGUGGCUUUAAUGCCUCUGCCUCAGCUUUGGGCAAUAUUUUUCUUUGUCAUGAUCAUCUUCUUGGGAUUAGAUAGUCAGUUUGUAUAUCAGGAGUCCUUGGUUACAACCAUCUCCGACUUGUAUCCCUCCUUCUUUCAAAAACCCCUUCCACGUAGAUUGCUUCUUCUCACAAUUUGUGCUGCAGGUUUCCUGGCAGGUCUUGUGAUGGUAACGGAGGGAGGCCUUUAUGUUUUCCAGCUGUUUGACUACUAUGCCUGCAGCGGGAUGACACUUUUAUUUAUUGCUAUUCUUCAGUCUAUCUGUAUUGGAUGGGUUUAUGGUGCAGAUGGUCACUAUGAUAAUGUGGAGGACAUGAUUGGUUAUCGUCCCUGGCCUUUGAUGAAAUACUGCUGGAGGUACAUCACACCAAGUGUCUGCACCUUCACGUUUCUGUUCUCUGUGAUCAAACAUAAACCUUUGAAAUUCAACAACACGUAUGAAUAUCCAUGGUGGGGAUACGCCUUGGGACUGUUCUUCACUCUCUCUUCAACAUUACUUGUUCCGCUGUGGAUGGUGUAUGCUGUGAGCAUCACUCCAGGGACACUGAAACAGAGGCUGAAACGUCUCUGCACUCCAGCAAAGAAUGUACCAGCUGGCACAAUAAAGAAAGCAUCAAACCCUGAAGCAUUUCAGUCAUUCACAGACUUGUCCACACUGCGUCCAGCCAGUCACCCACAGGAAGCAGAAAACACGCUUCUGAGGUCAUCCGUACUUUAAUCAGCCAUGUCUGUCUGUCUAGUCAAAAUUAUUCAAAUUCUUGGCAGAUUUAGAUUUAAAAUCUUAAGCAAAGAAGAAGAGUAUCAGCUUUGAAUAAUAGCAAUUUAUAACUCUUUAUUUCUGUUUGAUUAAAAGAUGGCAUGUUAAAAAAAUAAAUACUUUUUUAAUAAUCAGUUGAAAUUUUCUGGCAUUACAGUACCUAUUCUUACAUUGCUCAUCAGUUAUAAGCAUGCUGGUGAUGAGCUUCAAGUAUCUUACUUAGGAAUGCCUCCUUGUGAACAUACUAAUCCGUGGCUGUCCAACUCUACUUCUUUAGUGCUAAAAAAAUUACAUUUGAACUGAAAAAUUAGGUCAUUAGCAUGAACCCAGUAGAACUUGAUGGGAUGGUGAGGAGACAAAUUGGACCUGGGACAAAUUUAAAAGCUGUAGGACUUUGGCUCUGGAGGAGUGGAGUUUGUGGGAUCUUUAGUCAUCUCCACAGAUUCUCCAUCAAAUUCUAGCUGGGCUGCUUCAAAACGUCAAUAUUACUUCCGGUCAGAACAAAUGUAUUGUUAAAAUGCAAAUUUAAGUUUAAAUCUAAAUCUGCCAAAUAUAUGAAUUAUUUGGGACUAAGUCUGUUUACUAAUCCCAAGAUGAAAUGUGACAUUAUAGUUUUUGCUGUAAUAAUAGCUAAGUUUAGGUUCCUUGUAAAUAAGUGGAUCAAAGGUUUAAACUAAUCCUACCUUCUAGAAAGAUCGCAAACCCCUGGAGCUACAUAGUCUUUUUGAAAUACUAAUUAGUCAAUCACUAGUUUGGUUCUGAAAGUUGAAAUUGAGAAAAUAAUUGAAAGCAAGGGAAAGCAAAAUGAAAAUAUAUUUUUAUAAGAGUUAAUCGCACAUAUAAAGAUUUACUGGAGCGUGCUGAAAUAAAAAUGUCAAAACUAUGUUAAUUAACUUUAUUAAGUCUAAAGAUUUAAAGAAUAGCUUUAUAAAAGAAUAGCUGUGUUCUGUUAGUGUACAGAGGUUUUAGGAAGUGCUUCAAGAGUUACUCUGAUUCCCUGUAAGGUUCAGGGAAGAAAAAUAAAAAAUAUAUAUCAAUUGGAAGAAAAUCAGCUUAAAGUUUUCUUUUUUAAUUUCAUUUCAAAUAUAUAUUAUGAAGCAAUGAAAAGUAUUUCAGUAUAUUCAGCCCAGCACUUUAAUUGCUGUAGCAAACCAGCUCUUCUCUGACACUUGAAACUGUGAAAAAACUGGCCUGAGGCUAGAACAAAACUGUUUACACUGUCAUGACAUAUUGCACUGGCAUGGUGCAACAUUCAUGUCAUGUUGCACCAGGUGCAGCUGGGGCAAUAUGAAACCUUUUAAGGAGAUCCAGACUGAGAACCAGUUACAAAAACAACAAGUUCAGUCCAGACUCUAAAUACUUUGAAACACAGAAAUCCAGAAAUGUCUCUGUUCAAAUGAAAUAAAGCAAAACUGCCCUAUUGAAUAUUUGAUCGUUCUUUAAUUACAAACGACUGCUCAGCUCAAUCGGGUUGUUUCUUCUAUCCAUAAUUGAGCAACAUAACUCAUUCCUCAUUUCAUUGUUUUAAGUUUGUUUUCAGAUUGCUUCUCUAUCAUUUUUGUAACUGCAAACUUUUGGUUUCAAGCACCUGUUUCUGGCAUUACAGUACCUAUUCUUACAUUGGUACUGUGAUGUUCAUUGCUUGUCUCAUUUUCUUAUCCUAAACUUCAAUAUGUCUAUGAGGGUAUCAUGUUUAAUUUCAUUUCAGAAUAUAUUAUGCUGGGAUUAAAUGGAGCAUUAAAAAACUCUUUUGGUUAAUGGAAAAAGAACAAAGUUUAGCUUUUGGAGACAUUCCUGUGCUAAUAAAACUCAAACUGUU